AUGACUUCAGCACAUCCAGUGAUUGUGGUCAAUGAUCCGUUACGUCUUGAUUACAGCAAAUUGUUCCAUGGAGUUGUCGAUGAUAUAAAAGCAUCCAAGGACCAACUGCAUUCAAUUGAUGUUUUCAUCCAAUCGCAGAUUAAGGAUUCACAGGCAUUGAAUUUGCUGCUUUCCACAAUAUAUAGCAAGAUACGAUCAAUACUCUCUGAUUUUGGCUUCGAUUACACCUUUCAGAUUGACGUGUUCUUUAAUUCGACAAAAUUUGAAAAAUUAAGAGAAAACUGGAAAGUAUUAUAUCACUUAGAAAAUGAAGCAAUCAAUAAUUCCAUACCUGAACUGAUUAAAGUUGUGACAAUACCCGAAGCAAGUGUCCUUUCAAAAUUACAUGUACCUGAAAAGAUUAAAGAUUCGGGAAGAACUUUCAAGUGUUUUGAUGUUACAGCUGUGGGUGGAACAUUCGAUCAUUUACACGAUGCUCAUAAGCUCUUGCUAUCCAUGUCGGCAUUUCUAACGAGUAAGACUUUGAUUGUAGGAAUCACAGGGCCAAAACUCUUAACAAAUAAGAAAUUCAGCGAAGCAUUAGAGUCAUACGAAAAAAGGCAGGAAGUCGUUAUCAAUUUUAUUCAAAAACAUAUCUCUUCUGAGGUAAAAUUCGAAAUUUUUCAAAUUAAUGACGUUUGUGGUCCUACUGGUUAUAUCGAAGAGAUUGAUGCCUUGAUUCUAAGCUACGAAUCAUCCAAGGGGGGUGCUUUUGUUAAUAAAGUGAGAAAAGAGAAAGGUUUUCCUUUGCUUGAUACUGUAAGUAUUAAAGUGAUUGGUUCAGAUUAUGGUAAUGAGGAAAACAACUGGAAAGGAAAAUUAAGUUCAACAGAUAUAAGAGAGAUAGAAGUUGAAAAGCUUCAAAACCUACAAAAAUAA